AUGGAUAAGGAGAACAAUAAUUUGUAUUGGCAAUCUCAUCAAUAUAAUCAAUAUAACCUGCAGCUCCCUAAUUUUGAAAGCAUUCCCCAAGGGUGUGUCUGGGUGCCUUGCAUUCCUGACUUUAGCACUAACACUUAUAUCCCAAUAUACAAUCUCAAUCAAACAUUGAGCUUUAUGCCAAACAUGAAUUCACAGGUAGCUAAUAACAAUAAACCAAAGAUUAGCAGAGGAGGCAUACGAACUGUAUCAUGAAAAGAAAACGAAGAAAAGCUCCUUGGAGAACUUGUCAACUUACAUGGCUUGAAGAAAUGAGCUUUAGUUGCACAAGAGAUCAAUAAGGAGUUUCAUGAAGGGAAUGAGGUCAGAAAAGGUAAACACUGCCGAGAAAGGUGGCACAACCAUUUAAAUCCAGAACUCAACAGUAAGAUUUAUAUUAGAAGGAGAAUGGACUUAUGAAGAAGAUAUAUACUUGCUCCAAUUAAAGGAGCAAUUUGGAAAUAAAUGGAGUAUAAUUGCAAAAGAACUCCCUGGACGAAACGAAAAUAACGUUAAAAAUCGAUGGAAUUGUCUUAUCAAGAAAGCGAAGCAGAAUCCUGAAAUGCAAUAUUGCUCUCCUAACACCAUUGCGGCUGUUCUAAUAAAAGAAUUAUGUGAGGAAAUGAGUCAUAGAAAUGGCUAA